GUAAAACGCCAUUUGUACAGUCGAUGGACAACACCGAAGAACUUAACAGCUGAAUAAAGAACGAGAAUGUUUUCAGUGGAGAAGUUUAAAGAUGUCAAAGAGCGGUUAACUGCUGCAGCUGAGGAAAUAUGUGACGACGCUACAAGAGCUGCCGUCGAGGACGAGGCAGAGAUCGACCGUCAGCGCAGAAUGAGUGAAGAAAUACGAUUUAGCUUUGUCUUUGUGCUCAGAGAUGCUGUUAUUGAGACGAAAUAUGGGACCCAUAUGUUAAAUUAAAAAGCAAUAACCGAUGUUUCUGAGGUUAGCUUAUAUUCCGUUGAAAGAAAAAGGAACCAACCUCCAGUUUUUCAAAAUUGUUAGAACAAUCGGAACUGUUGUUUCGAUCUGGGAGGCAACACGGGCGUUUUAUGGUGUAACACGGACAGAGAGAGCUGCAUGUCCGGUUGAAUGUAUCUGUGAAGAGUGUGAUUAUAACGUGAACACCUGGUUGGAUAGAAACAGAUAUUCUCUUGUCUUCGAGUACAUUAAGAGCUGAAUAUAACACGGCGGCAGCGGUAGCGGACUUCGCCAGAGUGGAGGAGUUUUCACAGCAGUGAGACGUGACGUGCAGCCGAGCAUCCUCACCGCCUUCAGUAUGGACGGAUUGAAACCACCCCAAACAUUGUGCCUGGACUCCAGGGAUCUUUCGAGGACAUGGAAGACCUGGAGGGAAGAGUUCAUGCUUUAUGUGGACUUGACGGUGCCUGCCGAUGAUGAGGAGAAGAAGGUGAAACUUUUCAGGUAUCUGGUUGGCGAGAGCGGGCGGGAGCUACUCGACACGUUAAUGGGCGAUGUAGCAGGGGAUGCAUGGAGGUUGGAUGACAUUAUCGAAAAAUUCGACCUUCAUUGCAACCCUAGCAUUAAUGAGACUGUGGAACGCUAUCGUUUCUUCACGAGACAGCAAGGUUCAAGUGAGAACAUUGACAGCUACGUCACAGAGCUGAAGUUGCUUACAAAAACGUGCAAUUUUGGGACCUUCAGAGACUCACUCGUUCGAGAUAGGAUCGUGUGUGGACUUCACGACGCGGGGAUGAGAGAGCGACUGUUGAGGGAGAAGAAUCUGACGUUGGACACAUGCAUACAGCUUUGCAGGGCAGCAGAGUUGUCCCGGGAGAACAGUGAGGCCAUCACGGGACCCAAGGUGGUGGAAGUAUAUACAUUACAAGGAGCAUUGCACCAGGGACAAAAGCGUGAGUCAACAGAAUACGUCCCACAGCAACAUGUGUGUAAGGAGGAGGAGGAUGAGCAGCAGCUCUGUCACCAGGAGAGGAAGUCCAGUCUGGACCAGGAGGAGCCAGAACCUCAACAGAUGAAAGAGGAGCAGGAGGGAGAGUGGAUCAAACAGGAGGAGACGGACACAUCAGCUUUGAAUCUUUACAUUCUUACUCUCACAGUAGACCUCCCACAGCAACAUGUGUGGAAGGAGGGGGUUGAGCAGCAGCUCUGUCACCAGGAGAGGAAGUCCAGUCUGGACCAGGAGGAGCCAGAGCCUCCACAGAUGAAAGAGGAGCAGGAGGGAGAGUGGAUCAAACAGGAGGAGACUGACACGUUGAUGUUGACUCCUACUAAAGAGGAACCAGAUCAAUCUCUUAAACUCCAGCUCUUUUCUCAACCUCACGUCUACUUACACAGAAUAAACGUCCCACAGCAACAUGUGUGUAAGGAGGAGGAGGUUGAGCUGCAGCUCUGUCACCAGGAGAGGAAGUCCAGUCUGGACCAGGAGGAGCCAGAGCCUCCACAGAUGAAAGAGGAGCAGGAGGGAGAGUGGAUCAAACAGGAGGAGACUGACACAUCAGCUUUGAAUCGGCAAAUUCGUACUCUCACGGGUACAAAGCUGUACUCCUGUAGGACCUGUGGAAAAUCAUUCAACCAUAAACAUCAUUUGGGUAGACACAUAAUAGUCCAUACAGGUAAAAAAAAAACACAUACAUGUACAAUUUGCAGCAAAUUAUUCAAUCAGAAAAGUAAUUGGACAGCCCACAUGAGAACACACACAGGUGAGAAGCCUUACUCCUGCAGCGCCUGUGGAAAAAGAUUCACUCGGAAAACAGAUUUGAAUCAUCACAAUCUUACUCACACAGGUAUAAAGCCGCACAUUUGUGAUACCUGUGGAAAAUCUUUCUCACUAAAAUGGGAUUUGCAAAGGCACUUAAAGAUCCAUACAGGUGAAAAACCAUAUAGCUGCGCAAUUUGCAGUAAAUCAUUUGGUCAUAAAAGUGAUGUGACAGUCCACAUGAGAACACACACAGGUGAGAAGCCUUACUCCUGCAGUGCCUGUGGAAAAAAAUUCGGUUGGAAAUCAGCCAUGAAUCUGCACUUUCGCAUUCACACGGGUGAAAAGCCGUACAUCUGUGGUACCUGUGGGAGAUCAUUCUCACUGAAAAAUUCUUUGGACAGACACUCAAAGGUCCAUGCAGACAAUAAUGCACAGACUUCCUAAACAUGUGUCAGCUCUGUCAGAAUUCUCUUUCUUAGACUUAGAGAAGCCAAACUUGACAGUACUGAUUCAAGACAGUAAGGCACAUUGAGUUUACGUUUGUAUGAAAUGUGCUAUAUAAAUAAAAUUGAAUUGGAUUGAACCACACGUCUGCUUCUUGUGAAUAAUUUGAUGAAGCGGUCUUUGAUCUCCUUGGGUUUUGGGGAGGCUCAGAAGAACCCACUCCUCCCGCCUCAGUUUAAGAUGAAGUGUUUUAAGGCACAUGCAGUCUCUUCUCAUUAAGUCUUCUCUUAUUCUCUCUUCUUCUAGUUAUUUUUCUUCACCUUAGGACUUCUUCACCCUGGAACACAUUUCUUUUUCUGUGUUCCUUCCAAGUCUGAACCUUUUUUGGGACUGUAAAUCUUCGUUAACUUUUUUUUUGUUAUUUAUUUAUUUUAUUUUUCCAGCUAUUAUAGCGUUCAUGCUAUUUGUUACAGCGGACUGAGUUUUUGUAAUGUAUUUUUACUG